UCUUCUCUCUCUCUCUCUCUCGCUCUCUCUCGUAAAUCUCUCUCUCUCUCUGUCUCUCUCUCUCCUCUUCUCCGAGGGCGAUUUGUCGCCGGAGAAGAAGCGUCGGAGGGCGAAGGAGAGCGCCAUUAGGGUUCCCAGAUCGCGAGACGUGUCUCAGGAAUAUUGAAAUAUUUAAUAAUUUCCUUUUUGUCUGGUAAUUCUGAAAGUUCAAAGAUGGUGGCCCAGGAGUUCACCGUGGAUUUGGAUAAGCCUCUUGUUUUUCAGGUUGGCCAUCUUGGAGAGCAGUACCAGGAAUGGGUUCACCAGCCUAUUGUUAGCAAGGAAGGCCCACGUUUCUUUGCCAAUAACAUUCUGGAGUUUUUAACACGCACUAAAUGGUUUGCGGUUCCGCUCAUAUGGCUGCCGGUUGUCUGCUGGUGCUUGACCAUGUCAAUUCAAAUGGGCCAUACACUUCGUGAAGUGGGUCUCAUGAUGGUUUUUGGAAUAUUUAUAUGGACACUGAUUGAGUAUACUUUGCACCGGUUCCUUUUCCACAUCAAGACCAAAAGCUACUGGGCAAACACAUGCCAUUAUCUUCUUCAUGGAUGCCAUCAUAAGCAUCCAAUGGACGGACUUCGUCUUGUUUUCCCUCCGGCCGCAACGGCCAUUUUGUGUGUGCCGUUCUGGAACCUGGUUAGGCUCAUAUCAACCCCCUCCACCACUCCCGCCUUAUUUGGUGGUGGCCUAUUGGGUUAUGUGAUGUACGAUUGCACUCACUACUACCUCCAUCACGGCCAACCCACUUCCGACCCAGCGAAAAACCUCAAGAGGUAUCAUCUGAACCACCACUUCAGAAUUCAAAACAAGGGCUUUGGAAUUACGUCUUCGCUUUGGGACGUCGUGUUUGGGACGUUGCCUCCAUCGAAGAUGGCAGGGAAAAGCAGUUGAUGUCUGCAUUACAGAUUUAAGGAGAUUGUAAUCUAUCAAGAGUCGCAGAUUUUCCCUAGGUUAUGGCUGGUUAUUUUUUUAAUGGAUCUUGUAAAUGCCUAGUUCCUGAUGCUGCAGUUUUCGCCCCGAUUUCAUCGGUCACUCGUGUUCUUGAGCAUCACCUUGCAAUGGAAAUCAACUCUUUUAUGAAUCGGGCCAUAGUAGAUCUCUUGGCAUUUCAUGGAUGAAUUGGACCACUUCGAUUGUUUUUUUUUUUAGUUUCCUUGUACAAAAUUUCAUGUUAUAGUUUUGCUAUUGGGUGCGAAAGCAAAUUAUUUGAAGGGUCUGGUCGUUUUGACGGCUUAUUUUUUUGGAUAUUGGUUCUGUUCGAUGAACAUUUUAUUUACUAUUUAAUCACUGCAGCAAUAUUUUUCUCUUUAAUGAAUUGCUAUUUUAAGUAAUGCUAUGGGAGAAGUGCUAUGCUAAAAUCCUCCCAUCAGCUUUUCCAUGUAA